AUGGGUAAGAUGUUUUACAACGUGGGAAUGUUGGCGACUAGCGAAGGCCUUGGGAAAAGUUUUGUUGAAGAGGCGUAUAGAUUUUCUCACGGUGAUUUCGCGAUUGAAGCUGCCAAUGAGCUUGUUGACAGCCUGGACAAGCCAAAAUUGGCCGGCUGUCUGUCAAACCGAUUUGUGAAGAAAUUGCUUUCACCUAUGCUGCCGAAGACAUUGCUGUCGUUGCUGCAACAAAAGCUGGAAGCCGUGGGAAUUGCAGUCCGACCAGAGGCCGACCAGAAGAAGGUCCUGACGCAUAUAUCCCGCUGA